AGGCGGCGGCGCCGGCGCGCUCCGGCGGCCUGAAGCGGCGUCCGGCUGCCACGGGCCGGCGGCGCGAUGACCUGGGCGGCCGCCCCCGGCUCGGGGCUGUGAGGGGCUCGGGGCCGGGGGUGGGUGGUGGCGGCGCGGCGGGCGGCCAAAGCUCCUCUGCGGCGGCGGCGGCGGCAGCCAUGCGCGGGGCGGCGCGGCCGGGGCCGCGGGGCCGGGGCCGCCUCCCUGGGACCCGCGGCCUCAGGGCCCCGCCGCCGCCGCUGCUCCUCCUGUUCGCACUGCUGCCGCUGCUGCCCGCGCCGGGCGCCGCCGCCGCCCCGGCCCCGCGGCCUCCCGCACUGUCGCCCGCGGCCGCGGGGCCCAGCGUAAGCCUCUACCUGAGCGAGGACGAGGUGCGCCGGCUCAUCGGUCUCGAUGCAGAACUUUAUUAUGUGAGAAAUGACCUUAUUAGUCACUAUGCUCUAUCCUUUAACCUGUUAGUACCCAGUGAGACAAAUUUCCUGCACUUCACUUGGCAUGCAAAGUCCAAGGUUGAAUAUAAGCUGGGAUUCCAAGUAGACAAUUUUGUGGCUAUGGACAUGCCCCAGGUCAACAUUUCUGCUCAGGGGGAAGUUCCACGUACUUUAUCAGUGUUUCGAGUCGAACUUUCCUGUACUGGCAAAGUAGAUUCUGAGGUUAUGAUACUAAUGCAGCUCAACUUGACAGUAAAUUCUUCAAAAAACUUUACAGUCUUAAACUUCAAACGAAGGAAAAUGUGCUACAAAAAACUUGAAGAAGUAAAAACUUCAGCCUUGGACAAAAACUCUAGCAGAACUAUUUAUGAUCCUGUGCAUGCAGCUCCAACCACUUCUACACGUGUGUUUUAUAUCAGCGUGGGCGUUUGCUGUGCAGUGAUAUUUCUUGUAGCAAUAAUAUUAGCUGUUUUGCACCUUCACAGUAUGAAAAGAAUUGAACUGGAUGACAGUAUCAGUGCCAGCAGUAGUUCCCAAGGGCUGUCUCAGCCAUCUACCCAGACGACUCAGUAUCUGAGAGCCGACACACCCAACAAUGCAACUCCUAUCACCAGCUCCUCAGGUUAUCCUACCUUGCGGAUAGAGAAGAACGACCUGAGAAGUGUCACUCUUUUGGAGGCCAAAGCUAAGGUGAAGGAUAUAGCAAUAUCCAGGGAGAGGAUAACUUUAAAAGAUGUACUCCAAGAAGGUACUUUUGGGCGUAUUUUCCAUGGGAUUUUAGUAGAUGAAAAAGACCCAAAUAAAGAAAAGCAAGCAUUUGUAAAAACAGUUAAAGAUCAAGCUUCUGAAAUUCAGGUGACAAUGAUGCUCACUGAAAGUUGUAAGCUACGAGGUCUUCAUCACAGAAAUCUUCUUCCUAUUACGCAUGUGUGUAUAGAAGAAGGAGAAAAGCCCAUGGUGAUAUUGCCUUACAUGAAUUGGGGGAAUCUUAAAUUGUUUUUACGUCAGUGUAAAUUAGUAGAGGCCAAUAAUCCACAGGCAAUUUCUCAACAAGACCUGGUACACAUGGCUAUUCAGAUUGCCUGUGGAAUGAGCUAUCUGGCCAGACGGGAAGUUAUCCACAAAGACCUGGCUGCCAGGAACUGUGUCAUUGAUGACACACUCCAAGUUAAGAUCACAGACAAUGCCCUCUCCAGAGACUUGUUUCCCAUGGAUUAUCACUGUCUGGGGGACAACGAAAACAGGCCAGUUCGGUGGAUGGCUCUGGAAAGUCUGGUUAAUAAUGAGUUCUCCAGUGCUAGUGAUGUGUGGGCCUUCGGAGUGACACUGUGGGAGCUCAUGACUCUGGGCCAGACGCCCUAUGUGGACAUUGAUCCCUUUGAGAUGGCCGCAUACCUGAAAGAUGGUUAUCGAAUAGCCCAGCCAAUCAACUGUCCUGAUGAGCUAUUUGCUGUGAUGGCUUGUUGCUGGGCCUUAGAUCCAGAGGAGAGGCCCAAGUUCCAGCAGCUGGUACAGUGUCUCACGGAGUUCCACGCAGCCCUGGGGGCCUAUGUCUGACUCUCCUCUCACAGUCCCACGGCAUCAGGAGCAUGGUGCCUUUUGGGACUCCCUUGGAACCAGUCAUGGAUGCUUUGUACGUCAUGCACCACCAGCAGAAGCACAUAUGCCUUCCGGAACACUGUGCCUUAGGAAUGCUUUAGGAUCGGAACUUUGAAAGACAGACUUAAUAAUGUGGAAUAUUUUCUAGAUAUCAUUUUUAUUAGGUUGAACUGAAAGGGUUUUUUAUAAAUUUUUUGGCCCCCAAUUUUUUAAAAUAUAGUUACUUUGGACUAGGGGUACAUUCUUACAAAAUAAAUAAACAGUUUUUAAAAUUGUUUAAACACAGAUACUUGGAAUAGCUAUCUUAGUGCCAACUGCUUUUUCACUUUUUUACUUCAAGGUAAUGUAGGUGAUUCACCUUUAAAGUUUGGUUUUUCUUUUUCAAUAUUUAUCACUAGUCCUGGGAAUGGUUUGUCUUCAAGAUAUAUUACUUUUUCUUAGGAAAAGGAAAACAACACAAAAAGAUGUCUGGUUUGCCUUGUAUAGGAAAAGGCAAUAUUGGAGGAAGAAAACUUAAAAGCUAGGGUAAAAAAAAUAAAAAAAAAACCUUAGAAAUUGUCCUUUUGUGGAAAACUGUUUCUUUUUUUAUUGUUUUAAUGAAAAUUAUUUCUGCUUUCUUAUUUUGGGGAAAGUAGAAGAUGAAUUCAUUGAAACACUUAAAUUUCCAUCAGCCAGAAGUAGGCUGGGGGCAGGUCAGUCAGUAGUAAACAAUGGUGAUUUUAUUUAUUUUUUUACUCUCUGGAAAAGGAGAUGAUACUAUUCCAGAAAGUGAAAUCGUGUUUCUAAGGUUAAGAAUCCCUUUUAUUGCACCUAGACUAGUGCUGUGCACAGAGGGGGUGUUUCAGUUGUUCUGGAUAGUGUAAAAAACAAGAAAGUAAACUGGUGAAUUUUGUGCUUCAAGGCUGGUUUAAGUAUAAAGUUGUUUCUUAAAACACUUGAAAAAUUAAAAAGAUUUGUUUUAU